AUGCUGGAAGCGCUGAUGUUGGAAGAUAGUCCGUUCGGAGGACUAACCGAGGAGCAACGGUGCAUGCUGGCAAGGGAUGUUGACGUGGACUACAAGUUUGGACAUCGAUACUUGAAGGCACUCCCUUUCAAGCGAGCAAUGCGCAGGAGAAUGAUGACGUCGCGAUGGGUGGUUCAUCUUUACUCAGGAGUUCGAAGGGAAUUGAGCGACGAGCUGAAGGCCCUAGAAGCUGAAGGGGUGGUGAUGGUGGAAAUUGAUGUGGCCAAGAGCAAGCUGAUGAACAUGAAGGGAGAAAGCGCUAUGUAUCAGGCUUUGCUGUGGGCUGCAGCCGGUGGACACAUUGAGGCAAUUUUCGGCGAACCACCCAAUGCGGAGACCUCCAAGGAGCUGAUCCUGAAGCAGUUGUUCUUGUGGCAGCUUGCGAAUGCAGGGAAUCGACAUCUUCGACUACCUCCCCCGGCACUAGUGCUCCAGUUGAGGCAAGAUGAUCCUUUCUGGUCGGAUGAGAUCGGAAAAACCUUUGAGAAGGAGAAUGGCUUCACUGGGAUCAGAAACGAAGCAGGGAGCAGGAUGAUUACUAACAUGGUUGUUCAGCCAGAACUAGGACUAUGGCAUCAGCAAGGACAAUCUGGAGCCCCGCGACAGUGGACCAGGCAGUUCAAGGAGGCCAUUGUGGGCGGAAUGCAAAGGUGGAGGAAUGGCGUCUUCUUGAAGCGGAUGGAUGGGCCUCUUUCAGAGAUGACGACGCGGGAGUUAAGGGUCAAGGGGGAAACCGCCGAUGGAACGAAGUUCAAGUAUGCCUUGGUCGGAGCUUAUGUGUGUCCUCGCUUGCCUGAUGACGGAGCUGGAGUUGGACCGCUGGGGGAACCAAAGGUGGAGUCCAGUGAUCAUGAGGAUGCGGAGCACGAAGCAUUGGUCAAGGAACUAGAGGCGUUGUUUGAGGAGGAGCCCGAAGAAGAAGAGGAUCUUUCCCCUGAGGACCGACAACACAUGGAGGUUCAGAACGCCGAGUACAAGAAGCUGUGUGAGGAGAUUGGGGAGGAGUGCCCGGAGCAUGACGUCUUGAGAUAUGCUAUUCCGAUGACCUCGAGAAGAACAGCUGAAGUCAACAUGUGCGUGAGACAGAUGUACAUGCAAGUGAGAUCGCAGGGAUACCCAGUGCUUCGUUGUCACUCUGAUCGGGCAAGGGAGUUGAGGAAUUGGAGACUACGAUCAUGGUUCUUGGAAAGAGAAGUUAUCCCCACGACCGGAGAAGGACAGUCUCCCCAGAGUAAUGGAAGGGCCGAAGCCACCGUCAAGUACCUGAAGGGCCAAGCGAAGCUGUUGUUGAAUCAAACCAAACUUCCACGUAGCUGCUGGCCAUUAGCUAUGGUUUAUGCAGCUCAUCGACAACGUCUACAAGUCACACAUGGAGACAAGGCGCUGCCUUUCGGUACUCCUGUACAUGUACGUGCCAAAGUAUAUGGAACAGGUGGAAAGUUUGAUCUUGAUGAUCGCUGGAAAGAUGGAGUCUAUGUGGGUCCUUCUUCAGACAUGAAGGAUGGUUAUGUGGUGAGGUUCCCCGAUGGCUCCUACGUGACCUCUGCGCAUUUGAGACCUUAUCUUGUGGAGCCCGACAAGGCGGUGGAUUUGGACCCGAUGGAAAUGGAUCUUCCAGUGCCAAGGAGAAGAGUCCGAGAGAAAACAUCCUUGUCAUCAUUGGCGGGGAAGCUACAGAAGAGCGUUGACGAAGUGGAAGGGAGCAAUCACCAAGGAGAUCACCACGCUUUUUCAAGGGACGCGAAAGAAAUGGAAGAGCGUGGGGAACUGAAAAUAGUUCCUUCAAAGGGAGUGUGGACGAUGAAACCUCCUACGGUGGCUGGAGACAAGGUUCGCAGACGCUUUAGACUGGUGCUAUGUGGGAACUUUGUUGCCCGUGGUGAAGGUGAAUUCGACUUGUACGCGGGCGGGGUAACAGCAGACACACUUCGGGCAGCAUUGGCCAUUGCGACCAACAAGAAAUGGAGUGGUGCCACUUCUGACAUCACAGCGGCAUUCUUGCUUGCCGAUUGGCCUAGUGAUCUUCCCAAAUAUGGCAUCAUCCCUCCGAGGGUGUUGUUCGAGAGCGGCCACGCAGAGCCUGGGGAGAUUUGGUUGGUUCUUCGUCCUCUAUAUGGAUUGAGGGAGUCGCCGGCUAUUUGGUCCAAGUGUCGGUCAAAUCGCCUGUCAAAUGCCAAGGUCAAGUACCAAGGAAAGGACUUGAAGUUCAAGGCCUCGGAAGUGGACCCGGAGCUUUGGUACGUCUAUGAGGGUGACUUUGCCGGAGCAGAGCUACUAGCAAUGAUCAUCACGUAUGUGGAUGAUAUCUUCUACUUGGCGGAGAGCGAUCUGAUCAAGGUGCUUCAUGCGUGGGUGGAGGAAGAGUGGCCUUGCAGUCCGUUACAAUGGACAGAAUCCGAAGAAGGCACGAGAUACCUGGGCAUUGAAAUCAGGCAGAAUGAGAAGAAGCAGUUUGAGCUGUGCCAAUCGGCCUACAUUAAAAAUCUGUUGAGGUCGCAUGGCUUAGAAGAGGCGAUCCCAACGAAGCUUCCGUGUCCGAAGGAGUGGAUGAAUUUCUCGGCGUCGGAGCUUCGGCAUGGGCAACGAAUCGUGGGAGAACAAUUAUGGCUGACUAUGAGAACCCGUCCUGACUUGUUGUUCCCGGUGAAUUACAUGGCAAGCAGAGUCAGCAAGCAGCCAAAUAAGGUGGCGAAGAUUGGCCUGAGAUUGAUGUCCUAUUUGAAGGAAACGAUGGACAUGAAGCUGGUGAUUGGAUGUGACCAAGACUUGAGCAUCGCCACACAACAAGCCCCGAUCUGCCUCACGGGGUACUCAGAUGCCUCGUUUGCCCCGUUCGGGGGCAAAUCCUUCGGCGCUUCGCUUGUGACGGCAUCUGGUUCUCCAAUUUCCUGGAAGGCAAGCAAGCAAGCUUUCGUGACACUUUCCGUGAUGGAAGCAGAGUUGUACGAGGCCUCACAGGCUGCCACGCUCUUGGAAAGCGUAGGGUGUUUGUUCGAUGAAACUUACAAGACUCGUGUGGCCCGACUGCUAUGCGUGGACAAUAGCGCUGCUGUGAGCAUGCUUGAAGGCGGAGCCGGGUCUUGGAGGACUCGGCAUUUGAGGGUGAGAUGUGCUCAUGUCAGGAGCCAAAUUGAGCAAGGCCUUCUACAGGUUUCCCACAUCGAUGGAGAACGACAACUUGCCGAUUUAGCCACAAAGAUGCAUGGAAAGGCGAGACUCUGGCAACUUUUGGAGGCAUGGGGCUUCAUCAAUCUUCCGCUGGAAGCCGUAAGGGCGUUUGGUGUUCGUUUGUGUGUCUGCAUUCUGCUGGCUUCGUUGGUCGUGGCGGCAGAUGGGAAGAAGAAACUUGACGAAGAGCCAGAAUCGGAAGGAUCUAGAUUGCAGGUAGCUGGAUGGCAAGAGCUGAUUGUGGUCACCAUCUUGGUCUGUGUGGCAGCUAUUGGCGUCUGGGAAUUGAUGAAAUACGUGGUCUCAUGUUGCUGGAAGAGUUCUGAGGAGUCUCCAAAACAAAGGAGACUUCGUAGGCUUCGAGAGGCAGCAAGGAUGGCAGCUGAGGAGGAGCUGGAUCGAACGCAGCUUGCUUAUGAAGCGGCCGUAGCUGCGGAAGCCGCUGGUCUACAUGAAGUAAGGGCAGUUCUACAUGCUGGAGACCACAUUCCCACUCCUCCUCCUCCCGAUGAAUACGAGCCACCUCCAAGACCUCCGUUGCCGGAAGUUAGACUUGAGAAUCAGCGAAGUCAACGAGCUCGUGGUGAAGAUCGAGUUCAAUACCGUGAAUAUCCAAGAAAUGCUUUCUGGAAAACGAGCUCAAAUUUGAGCAGGCUGCAUACCGAUCCGCAUUGCAGUGGUCUUCGCAACAGUGGAACGGUGCAUCGUAUUGAGUACUGUGCUUACUGCCACGGACGACGACCGUUGUAUGAGAGAAAUGGGUGA